AUGUAUGAUCGAAUAUCGGAUGAAACCAGCCAAAACGUCGACUUUUCAGAUGAUAGCCCCGACGACUAUCCGCACGCCGACUUUGAUAGCAAACGCGAGAGAGACGGUUGGUCGAACGACGAGACCGACGAGAACGGCGAGAACGGCGACGACUACCUCGAGGAAACGCCGAAGAAACGGGUCAGAAUACGCGUCCCCGUUGUCAGAAAGAAUGGCAGACAACACAAGCUGACCGUGGUUAGGCGCAGACCUCUGGUCUCUCGAACGGAGGAUCCUCCAGCGAUCGUCGCGAGUCAUACGCCGCGGAGAAUCGUCGUAACUCGUGUCAGAACGCUGGGGUUGGCCAAUUCUGCGCGCAGCGAGGAGCUCGAUGCAUCCCGCCGCGAGACCGGAAGACACAAGGUGACCAUCACCAGGCGUCGAAAGAUCGAAUCGACCCCCGUUCUGCCAACCACCAGCGAAAAGAGGGCUAGAAUUACCAAGAAAAAGCUGAUCGCUGUUAGACCGGUGCAACCAACACCGACCUUCGCCAUCAUCACGACCGGGUUCUUCACGGCCCCGUCCACCGAAUACGACGAGGAAUAUUCGGUAGAAGAUGACGUUGAAGAGGAAGAGGAGGAUGGCAAGCAAGAGGUCGGUUUAACGAUUACGCCAGAAUUGGAGGAAACUCCCAAUGCAAUCGAUAAUACUCCUGAUAUCAUGCAAAGUACAACAAAGGUCGAAGAGACCGAAUCGAUAGAAUUGAAAGAAACCACCGUCGAAACUCCGAUCAUCAUCACGGACAAUUUCUUUUUCCCGCCGUCCGAGAAUGAGUACGAAGAGUACGACGACGAAUAUUCGGAUACAACCACGCCCGAAGAUGCUUCGACGGCGACCGUUCCAUCGCAGGUCGACGAAAACGUCGUGUCGAACAAGUUGGACGCCAGGGCAAUGCCUGAGACGACCACCGAGAAGGAAACAGCGACCACGGAGAAGCCUACUCCGGAAGACGCAGCAACGACCGAGGCCGUUCCGGAACAGCCGCCUACGACUACCGAAGAGACGUUGCACAAGCUAGAAAACGUAACCGAACAACCGGAAAUCCUCGAUACCACGUUGCAGGAGGAUAGUUUUACUACAGUUCGGCCGGAAGUUAAGGAAACGGACGAUGCAGAAGAGAUCUCGACAACGGUCGAGCCGGUGGAAACGACUGUACCCGUGGACGAGACAACGGUGAUAAAUAUCCCCGAAGAGCAACCCGAGACAACGAUACCCACUGAAACCCAACCUGUGAGUACAACCACCGAGAAAGAAGAGACACAGGUGAGCACGGAGGAUUCUGUGUCGUUCACCGAACCGCCCGAGUCCCAAACGGAAACGCAGAUCGAAAUCAAGGACGUUUCUUCGGAAGAAGAGAUCGAAUCUACCGUCGCGACGACGCAGGACCUCGACGAUUCGCCAAAGGACGCGACAGAUUCGACCGAAUUCAAAGACCCCGUGUCGGAGGAUGUAACCACGCCCACGCCUAGCUCGAACCCGGAAACCGAGAGUCCCUCGAUGGGAGAUCCCGUCGACCAAAAGGAUAAAACUCCCGCGACACCCGACGAGAAGGAAGAAACGACGGUGCAACCGAUACACUCGGUGGUCGAACUAUCGUUGGAAAGUUCGUUGGACGGUUCGUCGUCCUCGUCGGAGGUUUCGUUGUCAGCAGACGCGACGGCCAGUUUCGCGAGCGUGUUGCCUUUAGAGACGUCCCAGUCGAUAUCUCGCGACACCGCCGUCCCUAAUUACUUGGACGAUUCCGAUAUACCGAGCGUGAUCCCUCUGGGAGUCGAGUACACACCCGGGUCAGACGCGAGAGGGACCGCCGAGGUCCUCGAAGCCACCCCGAGCCUCGAGUUGCCGACCCUGACGACGUCCAUCGCGUCGCCGACUCCCGAGGACAUCGAGGCGGGAUUAGCCGACGACCUUUACCUGUCCCUUUCGAGGCCAGACUUACCCGAGAUUUUACCCACGAGACCGACCACUGUCGACCACAAGACCAAGACCACGCCCGACUUAGAACCGAGCACGAGCGUUUACUAUACGGAGACUGUAGUUACGUCGACGCGAUUAAGGACGUACACGUACGUCGUAACGCAACUGAACGGACUGGAGACGAAAGUGACGUCCUCGACGACCGUCAGACCGAGAGUCACGACUCUUACGUUGACGGUGCCCGUCACGGUGACUGUUACUCCUACCGUGGAGUCAUCAGCAAACUCCGUGUCGUCUGUGUAUAAUCCAGUUCCUGUUCUCGGAGAACACGAAGCGAAAGAUGAAGAAGGCCGAAGGUUCAACCUGGCCACUCGCGUAAUGUCAAACGGAGUCGAGGUGAUCGUAGCGGGUCCGACGCCAGCGUUGCGAUGGGAGAAUUCUGUUCCUCAGCCUACGCUAACAUUGUCUGACGCCGUCGUCAUGAUGCUUCCGCAAGAUAAACCCAAUGAGUUUGUUACUAAGACUUGUACCACCACCUUCACCUAUCUCACCACGAUUACCAAGGACGGAACGACCACCGUUUCCACGGAACAACAGGUCGUGGCAAAUACAGCCACGGAGGAACGUCACCGGAAACCAGGCUCGGAAACAGCCGCGGUUACGCUAGAGGCGUCGCCCACGCUGCGCACGGAAGUCUUCAAGACGACUUAUACUUAUUUAACGUUGAACACCGAUCAUCCAAACGUGAACGACGCCUUGGAAAGCAGCACGAAAGUGAUAGCGAAUACGGUAACCGCCCCCCAACACUAUCUGGACAUGAUUUUGGAGCCGUCGGAGGCACCGCAACCGGAAACGAACACGUACCUGAGUACAAGAAUGUUGGAGAAGACGUUCAUGGAGGAUGGACGAACCAGAAUCGAAACUACGAGCGACACUGUCACUCAGCUUAUAGUAACGGAAUCCGCGCCACCCCCUCGUCCAACCAGUGUCACAACCACUCUGACAGCUCUGGAUGGUACCGAGGAGAGCAUGACCGACGCGAUGAAGACUUACUAUAUCACCUACACAUAUUACAAUACUUUCUUGGAGAAAGGAAGUACCGUGGUUCGAACGAACGUCGCGACGUCGACCGACGUCGUCCUGGAGAAAGUUCCUGUUAAGAAAACCUCGACGAAGACUGCGUUGGUUAACGCUACCCCGGAACCUAUUCAAAUUUUCGCCACGAAAACGUAUCUUACGACGUUCACCUACUUUACCACGCUACUUCAGGCUGGAGCGGACGGAGAAACGUCCACCACAGUGUCCUCGCGAUCUCAUAUCGUGGAGAACGUCGUCACGGAGUCGAUAGCUCCCAGUUUACUGGAUGCUGGCUACAUGAACGCUCUGUUAACCACGGCCCAUCAUUCCGACCCGGUGAAGAACGUCGUAACCGGAUCGACCAUCAUCUUCUUCGACGAGGAGGAUCAGAUCGAUCCUACCACGACCACCAGUUUCCCAGAACCCAGCUCCACGGUCGAAAUCCAAAAGGACGAGUUAGUUUCUACGAGUCUGAUCGCAACCGAGGCGACUCCCGUCGUCAACGAGCCGAAUCUGAAGCCUGUCGGACAAAUUAAUCAAGAAAAUAACUCGACAGCCUCAGCUCCGGGAGAAGCCGGUCAGAACAAACGACCUCCGAAUCAAAAUACGAGUGAUCUACAAGUGAGCAACCUUUUGAGUCUAGGAUCAUUGGGGAUCAACAGUUUGUCGGCUCUGGGACCAGUAAUUACAGCUAUGGCGGGUCUUCUGCAAGGGAAACCAUCGAUAUCUCGCAGAAACGACACGAUACCGCAAGCAGAGGCCCAAGAUGUCACCACGCAAAGAUCGCCAAUUUAUAUACCGGUGGCAGAGUUCGCUGACGGAGACAUAGAGACCGCCGAGAGUCAAAAUAUAGGUGCUCAUCUUGCGAACGUGAAUCACAACUACAUCGCGGAAACGCGUCAUAAGGUGGCGUCCAGCCUGGCGGAUGGAAUCCCAAUUUCUCCGGGCGAAGUAAUUACCGCGAACAGCGACGUGAUUAUCGGCAAACCGGGAAUAAUGGCACCGAGACCGCCUCAAACCUUUUUGGAGGACGAAGAGCACAUCGGGAUGAAGCCACCCCCGCUGCCUGUCCCUAACAUACCCGUCCAUCCUGUUCUCGAAGUUUUGGGAAACGAUCGAGAGGACGGCCAGCAACAGCAAACACUCCAGAGUCACAAAGGUCCGCAAAUACAAAUAUAUCCCGCGCACCAGGUUUACGAGGAGCAUCUGAAGAUCCCGGUCUCGAUGCCAGUCGACACGAAUCCGAUACUGUUGCCCAAACAACCUCAGAAGUUGCACCCUGUUCAAUCGUCGCCGCCAAAGAGAAUGGGAUCCAAGCAGGACGUGUUGGAGAACGAUCCGUUGUUGAAGCCACCCGAUAGACCGAACGUCGAACAAUACGUGAACCCGAAUUCGAACCCGAAGGAACCAGAAUGGAGCCCAGAUAAACCUAGGAGGCCGUGGAGCGCAAAGGAUCCUCUCAGACUUGCUCCGCCCCGUCUACACUAUGAUCAAAAAAUCGACUCGGGAAAGUCGCCGCUGGAGAAGAAGCCCUGGCCCAACGUUCCGUCCGACGAUCAAAAACGACCGCCGUGGGCCCAGAGGGAUCCCUUGCUCCCUGAUUCCUCCAUCGUCGUUCAGUCUUCGGAAUCGAAACCCACGUCAUCGGAGCCCAUAGUGCACCAGGUGCCCCACGUUAUCGAUAGAUCGACGGGUCAGCCUUUAUUGGUCAACAUUCAACCUAGUCAAGUAGCCAAUGUUGUGAUCCCUCAAGGCGGAACUCAAGCAUUGAUAUUUGGCGACACCAGCGAGCCGCACAUAAGCGGACAGUACUUCGACGACCCCUCACCGUACCCGGAAUCCGAAGUUGGUUUAGGUUUCAUCGGAAUCCAAAGGGUGGAAGACUUGCCGCAAUAUACGAAUGGAAACGACCCCGCAGAUUACAUGGUUCCACCAUCGCCACCCCACAAUUUCAAGACUAUGCCAGAGAAACCAAGUUCCUCGAAUCGACCGACCAUUCCCCUAUCGCCGGGUCGUUUCGAUUACGAAAGACUACAAGAUAAGUUGGAGGCGCCCUUGGGAAAGCCUGAUAAGAAACCAUCCGACGUGCAUUUGAUCAGACACUCGGAUAGUUCCGGUGCUCUGGGCGGUCAAGGUCACGUGCACACCGAGAUCUUGGUCCACCAUAGACCGGAGACGGUGAACAUACGGCCGGAAACCGCGUUGUAUCCACCCACUCACUCUCACGGGCAUUCCAAUAACCAUCCCCCAUCCCAUGGGCAGUUUACCAAGAUCCCCAAACCUGGAGAGUCGGCCGUUCCACCUAGACGAAUCGAAGUGUCCAAUUCGAUGGAUAAUUCUCAUCGGUAUAUCCUCCUAGCCAAACCAGACUCGGGAAACGAGAUCAUGUUGAACUCCAACUGGAAGAUGGACAAGAAACCGCCACGGCCUCCGCUGAAUAACAGACUGAGACCACGGCCACUCAUAUGGUCGACGACCACUCGUCCCCUCGACAGACCGAUCUACGUCGAAAGGCCAAAUAUCAGAAAGCCUAUGUACGGUGGCCCGCAAAGACCCCCGCCAAAAACACCGAAUUCGAACGCGUUCGUGCUUCCGCAUCGUCCCAUACACCACGAAGUUCAUCACGAGCCCCCAAGAAUUACUCCGACGCCGGGCGACGGCAUCAGAGAAACGACCACCGAGAGACAUCCUCCGUUCGGGCAUCAUAGUCACAUCGAUCUUCAGGAGAGACCACCUUACUUCUAUCACGAGAACAGGAGACCCAGCGUCCAACAGGCCAGACCGCAAACGGAACACACCGAUGAGCACGUGCCAACCGGGGCAAUAGAGUACCACAAUCCCUCUAAUCCCAAACCGAAACCGGAGGAUCCCAAACCGGCGAUGAACGGUCAGAUGGAAGGUUUCGGGCAAAAUCUGCCUCACAACGAAGGAACGUCGGAAACUUGGCACGGCAACACGCAAACAGAGAAAACUAUGGACUCCGAAAUUGGCGCCUCGGAGUACAUAAAGUACCACAAUCGCGUGAACGAGGAUCAGGACUCGGAGAAAACGAUGGCUGACCAGACUGUCGCCGUUCAGAGCAAUAACGAAACAUUGAAUGGAAACGUGGUUCCCGGUAAUAUAGUGGUUGGAAAGCCAGUGAGACUGGAUCAGGUACAAGAUCAAAAGGAGAAACCUGCCUGGUUACACCCAGGAGUUCCGUUUGGUCACAAAAACGAAGGUUCACCUAACCAGGGAAUGCCCUAUGGAGGACCUUACUUCAAUGCCAAGCCUCACGAUAUGACGAUCGUUCAAGGGAAACCGUUCGGUGUAUACAAUGGGCCCGAAGAUGUGACAUCUUAUGGGUCUAAACGGAAAGAGAACAGGCCUGACUACGACAUAGUGCAAGGCAUACCUAAUAUGUAUUACGGAAACAAAAAACCACCGUCCAGCGAUAAACAUCAACAGGAAGUACAGACGUCUGCAACCCACUCUCACGAACGUGAUGAUACCAUAGACCUGAGGCCACCAGCGAUUAUUCCUCAAUUCCAACCGGAAUCGGACAAGCCUGGUAGACCGUACUCAAGGCCACCCAUGGUAAACAAGGUCGAAACAAGGCCUGCGUUGUAUCCCAGACCGGAAAUUACCUCCCACCCGUCGGAGACGAGACCUGAUCGGGUGAAACUGGCCAACGAAGCCAAACCAGGAAUCCUGGAAACGUUCGCGAACAACAGUUUGAGUCACGAGACCAAAGGGAAUCGAAGUCAUUUGCAGCUGGGAGGAUUCGUGGACCUAAAUUGGGAAGGUGGUGCGAAGCUUAACGAUCAACGGUUCGACGAAUCAAGGCCUCGGAUCAACGAGAGCGAGAUCGUGAGAAACCGCUUCAGAAACAGCACGUUCCCCCAGAAAACCGACGGCCACUUCCCUCAGACGAAUGCUGAAACCGCAAAUUCGGGAUUCGAAAACAAUCGUCCGAGUUCAGGGACGAGGAUCCAUCCCGAGUAUCCUCACAUCGUCACCAAACCUAAGCCCCAAGUGCCUGGGCCCAUAACCAUCACGACAGCCAACUCGAAACCGGACACACGGCCCAACAUAAGGUUCUCCAUGCCCGUCGAGGUGAUUGGCGAAGAGGUCGAUAGUAAAACGCAGACUGAACGACCGCCUAGCAUGCUGGUUCCAGCAAGUAAUUCUGGCGACAAGAAGACGAACGAGGAGUCUCUAGAAACGGCUUAUCAAACGAACUUUGCCGCCUCGGGUGGAGAUCAAGAUGAUUCUCAGACCAACAUGCACCCCGUCGAAACACCAACCGGGGACAUUUUAGGUAACAUCGAAGGAAUAGAUGUUCCAUCGAGAGACAUGAUGCCUCCACCCUUGAGACCCUCGGUGGGAGUGAAUCAGUCGAACAAGAAGGAAGAGGAGGACUUGAAACCUCCACCGAUUCCUUCGCGCGACGUUCUAGGCUUGUCUCCGCCACCGGUCGAUAUCACUACGACCAGUGGACCGAUGGAAGAUCUAUUCUCUUUCGCAACUGCAAACGAAUCUGGUUUGAAACCCCCGCCAAAGUAUAUUCCUCUUAAGGAGUCUUCCGGCGCGCCCUUGCCCAGCGUCACCAUGGUUCCGCCCAGCCCAAGACCCUCUAUCGCGAGACCCUUCAUCGUGGAGUUGCUUUCACAGGACAUGGUGCCUCCACCGCCAGCAACGCAAACAACAAGACCGCUAGAAAUUGCCACCGUUCGGCCAGCAGUUGCUGUUUCUGGAUCAAUUCAGAUCGCUACUGCCGUGGCAAGUUCCCACAUACCGGUCGUCCACGAUAUCGAGUCGAAAAUUCCAAUUAUACACGGGACCGUGGAUCUUCCUGUCGUCGUCGACGUACCGGAGAUCCUAAGGCCGCUCGAGACGAGAAUGACGGAGCACGUUAGCAUCUACACUGUCCGACCGUUCGAUACGAGACCAGUGUCCAGAGUGUCGAUACAAUCGACGCCGAUGCUGUCGCCGAGCGUGGUGGUCCCGACCAAGUUACGACCACUGCAAGUGGACCACAUUCAACCUAGCAAAGCGUCAACCACUAGAGACGUGGAACCAACCAGGUCCCACACCUUCGAGAUACCGCGAAAUCCUGUCAAGCGUCCGGAGCAUCCGGUGUUUUUGGAAUCCAGCUACGACCACGGUCACGUUCUACCGUCGACGAGACCGGAACCAACCGAAACUCUGACUCUAGUGACCAUCGCGAGCCAGAACAAGGAGCCAAGACCUACCAUGAAGAGAGACGAGAGCACGAAACCGAUCGUUUCGCAGGCUACGAAACAUAAACGGCAAAACGAAACGACCACGGAAGCGUUGCCUAGCACAGUGACCAGGGUAGACAGUUCCGUGACAAAGGUGACGAGUACGUUGCUGAAGAAUAACAACACGAGAAACGCGUCGACGAUCAAGACAACGAAGAACGUCGCCAGUGGUGCCACACGGAAAAUUGCUAAGGAGUCUACGACUACGCACGCGAAGCCUAAAGAGGUUACGCGAUUCCAGACAUCUACCGUGACGAGAACGGAAACGUCGGUGUUAGGGUCUCCGCCCACGACGAGAACCCUCCUCCUCACUCACACGCUAAUAUCCACAACGGUGGAAACGGUCACGGAGACUUUGGUACGUCCGACAAGCGUGGUCGCGACCAUAACGUCGACGAUAUUGCAAUCCGUGGUGACCAGAGUGCCCUCGUCGUUCGAGAACGUGGUCGACAACGACUCCAUCUUCGUGGUGAUGAGCGACCAGAAACCACCCGCGCCCGGCGCCGAAGAGGUAAAUGUGGAAGCUGAAUACGGUGAUAUCUCGAGAGACGAGCAAGAUCCGACCGGUAACGAAAUUCACAGAGUCUUGGCUGGCGGGGUUCUUGGAGCACCUGUGGUGUCCAUUCAACCAAUCGUCAAUCAAUGCACGCCCGAGUGCAGAGCUUUCAGAGCGGAAGUGUGCUCGGAAGUUGGAACCGAAAUGAGAUGCGUUUGCCGGCCAGGUUUCGCGAGGAUGUUCCCUGAUCGACCUUGCAAACCAACGUACACGUACACCUUGCGAGUCGGCUUGGAUCGAAUCGGAAACGAGCCUGUGACUUACGAAGCCAGCAUGAACGAUUCCACGUCGACGGCGUACAGAAGGCUGGUAGGUCCAACCAAAGACGCUCUGGACAGAACUCUGAUGCAAAGCGACUUGAGGGACGUGUACAGAGGUCUCAACAUAGCUAGUUUCAUGCCUAAGCCAACGAAAGUCGAGUUCCACGUUCAACUUAGCGACAACGCCAACGAAACGCGAUUAAAAGAAGUUCUCCGGAAGUAUUUGAUCGGAAGUAAUUACAGUUUGGGGGGCACCGAAGUGUUCGCCUCGAAGAAUCUCGACGCGAUCGAAGCAGUCGAUUUCGACGAGUGCACGAUCGAGGAAGACGGACCUCAUCAUGAUUGUUCGCCGAACGCGGCCUGCUUCAAUUUGCGAGGUUCUUAUCAAUGUUCCUGUAAGGAGGGUUGGGCGGAUUUGUCCGAAAACCCAGCGUACCCUGGAAGGUUUUGCUCCCAGGCUCCGCUGGGCUGCCCUAGUUGCAACAACAAGGGACACUGUGUGACCAACACGAACGGACACGAAGUCUGCGAAUGCUUCCCUUGGCACAGUGGCCAACGAUGCCAAGUUAACUUGAAAGUGCUGCUGAUUGCUCUGGUUACGACCGGGGCGAUACUGUUGGGUCUUCUGGCGGUAUGCGUGGGCAUGGCGUGCUUCCGUCGACCCAUUCGAAAACGACAGGCCGGCGACAGAAGGGCUAUGAUUCCUGGAACCGGCGGAGAUACCAGUAGCGAGGGUAGCGUCACGGAUCUGGCGAUUCCUCAUCACGUGCCGCACGUUUUACCCCCGCCACCUCAGAUGAUAGCACCCCUUCCGCCGACCAAAAGACCGGCACGCAAGAUCGCCGGGAAGCCUAGGCAUCCGGCGCGGAAAGCCACCAUGAUGCCCGCCUCAGUGCCUGUGAACGACGAACAACGGGAUCGAUCGUUGACGGUGAUGAUUCCGCGCGCGAAAUAUCGGUCGGCGCCUCAGUCGCCUCAAAAUUACAAAUCUGGGAUGAGCACGUUUUCGACGGAGGAGCACAAGCUGCUCAGUUAUCUCGAUAACGGCACGCACGUUGCUGGGAACAGAAAGCAAAGCGUGUCUAGCACGAAGGACUGCAAGGAAGCCGACGUCCAAGUGAUCAGAACCCAGACCACGCCGGCUGGUGCACUGGUUAGCGCAGGUUUUCAGGUGUCGGCAACGGUGACGCGAACAAUGGACGCCGAUUCGACGUUGGCUCGUUCCUGCGGCGAAACCACCGUCGAAGCGGCGACAAAAGUUUUGCGAACCGCGGACCAGGCCGACCUGUGCUCGACUCUCGCGCGAUCCUGCGGAGAGACGACCAUCCAAGCACCGACCAAGCUCCUAAGACUCGAUCUAGGGGAGGUGGGAUCUACGCUGGCUAGAUCUUGCGGGGAAACGACCAUCCAGCCGCCGACGAAAGUUGCCGACGCCCGAAGGAACAGCGUUAAAGACGCCAGAGACACCAGGGACAGUGCCAGCGAGGGGCACACAAUGGCUGAGAGGGAUCUGGGAAGCACGCUGAGACUUCCGGCCCAGCAUCCGCCUCUUUAUAGCCCGGACAGGACCAGCGAUCGAGAAUCGAACUUCGACUCCCUGUAAGCACCGAGAAUCCUCGAUAUAGGACAUCAGGUCGAUGGAGGGACGUGGACGAAACCGCUGGACGGUAAUCUCCGCUGGUUCGCGAACCGUUCGAUUAAAAUUCCUCGUUGCCAAAUGGAA